UUUACAUAGAGAAAUAAAUCGAUUUUGUUUUCUAUUCUGACUCUUUGGUUUGUUUUUGCUUUCCCAUAUCACAACAUCAGCACACCACCAUCAUCAUUCUCAAGAAUACUGAGUGAAUACCACAUCUCGGAUCUACAUCAGCUUUAUCAGUUAAACAUCCCAACACAACAUCAGGGAAGAAUGGGCAAGGAGAGAAAGAUGGUGGCAUUCUGUCUGCUUCUAGCAGUUGUUUGCAGCCCCGUGUUCGGUGACGAAUGGAAGGUCAAUGUUGUAAAAAACAUCGACGCUCUGGUAACGUCCUGUGUUGUGGUGCCAUGUUCAUUCUCUCAUACUGGAGGAAACCUGCCCAGCUCCAGACUGAGAGGGAUCUGGCACUCUAAAGACAAAAGAACAGAUAACAUCUAUGACGAGGAUCCAACAAAGAUCCUCGACAACUUCAAGGGUAGAACAAGGAUGUUGGGACAUCUGGGUCAGAGCAACUGCACCUUAGAAAUAACUGACAUUAAAGAUCAUGACAACGGCCCUUUCUGUUUCCGGGUUGAACUAGUGCGAACAGAAGACAAUGAACCCACCAAGGACAAGUUCUCCUUUGUUGACGACUGCGUCGAGUUGAACAUGAUCUCUAAUCCUCCAAAGCCUACACUGAUUAAACCAGAAAGAGUUAUUCAAGGACAGCCUUACACUGUCACCUGUUCAGUCAUGCACACCUGCCCCACCCAUGUUCCUAAACUCACAUGGAAUCGGAAGACUGCAGACGGGAUCAUUGUGCAUCAUAAAGACAUUAAACAUGGCAACUGGGAGACACAGUCCACCCUGACAUUUGUUCCUGAGGAAGCCGAUGACUUCAGCAAGCUGACCUGCACAGCUGAAUUUCACGGAAGGAAGACAUCGUCCGAAACUUUAACACUCUACGUAAAACGUGUGGAAAACUAUAAUCACAUCAUCAUUCCCACUGUAGUAGGGAUUGGUAUCACUGCAGCCUUUGUACUCGUCUGCAUUUUCAUGACUAAAAAAUACAAGAAACGUAUUGAAGAGCUUCAGAGUCGAGAUGGCAGCAUGUGGAACCGCAUGUCCAGGCUAUCUCGCAGAAUCCGUUCUGCCGGACCAGGACCAUCUCACUCGGAUCAAAGAAAGUCUAUUUGGAGCAGAUUUUCGAGAAGGCCUAAAGGGGACAUGGUAGAUUUUGGUCAUAGUCCAAACAAUGUGAAUUCUAAUCCCUGUGCUGAUCAGAAAGCCUCAAAGCCUCGUUUCCCAUCUCCCAAAAGCAAGCCAAAAUCCUACAAUUACAAUGAGGACCUUAAUGAUGGUGAUGACUAUAUUAAUACUGCAGACCUCAACGUCUAUGGGAACAUCUGAAACAAAAAAGCCAGAGAAUAAUCAUCUAAUAAAACAACAAAUUUAUAUACGCUCAUAAUGAUCAUUUGUGUUGAGCAUUUGUUACGCUUGUAUAUUGUGCUAAAGUCUUCUAUCCAAAAAUGAAUAUAAUCCUGUAAGAUAUGUUGUGUGUUAUGGCAAAUGCUUUUGUCCCUAA